AUGUCUUUGAAGCAAUGGCUGGGCUUGGACAAAAUCCAAAAGCUUCAACAGAUUGUGAAAGAGUUGGGAGGAAUCAAGGCGGUGGCAAAAAAACGAUAUUUAAUGGAUGUUACACGCGUUGGAACAUUGGUUGGUGAAGAUAAGUUUGGAAACAAGUACUAUGAAAACAAUGCUUACUUCAUCCCACGUAAUCGUUGGGUAGAGUUCAAUGAAAAAGUUUGGCUUGAUUAUGAUGCUACUCAAGUUCCAUCUGAAUGGCACGGAUGGCUUCAUCAUAUUACUGAUGACACUCCAGUCGUUAAGCCACCAGUUAAUGAGAAGUGGGUCUUGUCUCAUCAGGAGAAUGUUUCGAUUUACCAAGACAAGAAGUAUAUUCCAUAUUCGACAACUCGCCCCAAAAUUACAGGAUGGCAACCUGGGCAAAAAAAGUCCAGCGAAUAG